AUGUAUCAGCACCUCGGUAUCAAAUUAAACGAAGGGGCGCCAAAUGCUCCCAUUACUCCCCCAUCAACCCAGGUUGCAUCCGCAUCUGGUUCCAAUUCAAUCGCACAGCCGUCGUCAUCCACAACGCCAUCUCUUCCAAGCAGCAGAGCAGCUGCUGCCCCAAGGCCUCCAGCCCAAGCUGGUCCACCUCAGCUGCCUGCAUCGCAGAUAGCCCAGCAUCCAGCACCACAGCGUGCCCAUCCCUCCACCGUUCACGCCACUCAACCCGCAGCGCCUAUUCCAGCGCCUCAGGUCGCGCAACCAAUAGCAGCACCGCCAGCAGCAGCACCGCCAGUAGCAGCACCACCAGCAGCUGCACCCGCACCCGCGGACGAAAUCGCCGCUCUAAGGGCACGCAUCGCCGAGCUCGAGCAUGGGGACGCUCAUGGCAUCCAUAUACCGGCCAGAGCCCCCGCUCCUCAACAAGCUCUGGUAGCGAACCCUGCGGAUCUCGUCUUACCUGCCCUCCAACCAGGGCACAAAGUCAGUGCUCUGAGCUUGCCCAUACCCCUCAAAGUCAAGGAGGCUUUUAAGCAAUAUCGCUACGUUCCAUACACAGCUCUCACAUACGCAGCUCGCUCGAAGGCUUUCCUGCGUGGAGAGGACUCAGCCUUCAUCUUUACACAAGAUGGGCUUGCAGCUAAAGGUCUCGACCGUGCAAACGAGCUCUUAAUUGUAACAGUUGAUUGGAUAGCGGCAGCAAAGGCUGCUGAGGAUAGAACCCUGCACUAUUGGGGCGAGGCUCGGGCGUCAGCCCUUGUAUCUCACCAUCUCGUAGUUCUCGAUAUCGGCCGUGCGCAUGGCUGGUCCGUGGAAAUGCACUAUGACAUGCAGCAAAGAGAAUUGGCUCAUGCCAACCACGAGCAUAAUCUUGCCGGCCUCGACAUAGCGGCCCUUACCAUUGCAAAUAAUAAAAUUCCUGCUAUCAUACCUCAGUCUGCUCCGUUUAUCUCACCCCCUAAGCGAGCUGCCCCGAGCGAUUUUCAUUCUUCCCCUCUGGCCACUUGCCCGCCGACUGUUCCGCCGAUACAACCGCAGCGGGAAAACCGGUUGCAGCCCUCGCUACCAACGCCAGGAGCAAGCAUGCACUCGCUGCCUCAAACGGAAAACAUUACUGCUUUAAUUGGGCCAAUGGAUCCAUCUGCACCUUCAGUCCCAACUGCAGAAAUGUCCACUCCUGCAGCAUCUGCGGAGAUUCUUCUCACGGUGCUGGGAGCUGCAAGGCUCGCGGGUGACCCACGCGCUGUUGUCACCCCGCUCGACUACCUCCAGGUGGAAGAGAUCCUUCGUACAUAUGGUAUAUUUAAUGAUUGGCGUCAUAUCGUUGACGGUAUACAUAACGGCUUCAAUGUUGGUGUCUGUUACGACUGGGAUAGUUCUGCUGUUGCCGGUCAAGAUAGACCUGUCGGGCAAACAGUUCGUCGGCCUUCCUAA